AUCUUUUUAACUCACUCAAUUCACUCACUCAACUCACUCACCUGCUAAAAUGUUGCGCAUAUUCCAACUUAUCGCUUGAGAAAUUGAUGUCAAUUCUCGGCUCGUUGACUCGUCCCGGCUAUUCGGUAACUUUGCUAGCACUGCUCAUGUCUCCGAUCGAUCGAUCUUAGUUUCGGUUGAGAAUGGACUUAAAUGAAGUGAGGACAGAUUAUUGGUCGCGGUGUUUAGGAUACGGCUUCUCGCGUGGCGCUAAAAAGGUCCGGCAUCUACUAUGUAGAUUAUCACCGCCGUCCUACCCAUCUUUGUCCUUCGUAGAACUAUCGACGUCAUUGGCGCAGGUAACCGGAACAAUUUCAAACAGGAAUCAUGGAGACCUUGACAAGAUUCAUGAGUCUUGAAGUGGGCUUCCCUCUUGACACAUGCGAUUCGACUUUGUAUUUAACUGGGAUCGUUCACCUCCUCAUGAAAUUGGUCAUUGGAAGACAGUCUUUGAUUUGCAUGAAGCGAAAUGACAUUCGAUGAAGAGAGAAACCGAAGAAGUCCGGAUGCGGAUGGAAAUACUAUUAGUAGUAAGCUAGUAGAUAUUCUUCCCAUCCCACCAACGAUACAACCUGUUAGCGAACCGGAGAAGUACGAAACUGCAAACAGCCUCACUGAAGAACCCACACUCUCUCAUAAUCUAGCAGCGAGUGACCACGAAGAGAAAGGUUUGGCCCAACGAGAAUAUGAUGAAGAGGUAGCGGAUUUGGGAUGGAAUGAGACGAAAGACAGGAUUGCUGAGCCACUGGUCGGGAGGUUAGGGAACGAAGAUUUAUGGCUUCUCAUUCGGAGGUUCAACAAGCAAAUAUAUCAUGUUAAAGAAGUCCCGACUGUGGUUCCUGGGGAUCUGGAUCUUAACAUUGCCGACGAGGAGGAGUUCUCUCCUGACAAACUGCGUGCGAAUGUCGAGCGAUUUUAUAUGACCGUCAUAGUUGGGCUGCUAGCUGCUGUUAAACAUAUCGCGCGACUCCGAUCGUGGCGCGAAACCCGACGAACAUCGUGCUUUUGCGCGGUUUAUUUCGCUGCCUGGAUAUCCGACUUUAUCGUCCCGCUUCUUUCCCUGACUUUGAUCACUCUAAUCGUUUAUCCGCGAUCAAGAGAGGUCCUCUUCCCGCCCGCGCCUCUCGCAUUGGUAGACAGUAAAUCCGGCGGCAUUCAAAAACCCAAGUCUGGCGUCCUAGGUAGUACAGACAGUUCAACGGGGGCACCGCAAAACUUCAAAGGAGAAGCAGUUGAGCAGGAAGCUAGUAACUUCGUCAAUGGCUUUGCCUCGAUCGUUGUCACCAGUGCCGCGGGAAAGAAUCCUCAGGCUGCGCCUUCGUCCGAAGCAGGUUCCCCUGAUGAUGCUGUACCCGACCCUACCGGGUUAGCUAUGGCUACUGCUGAAGCUAAGGAUGUCGCAGCAGGAGUCAAAACUGGGCCCAACUAUGACAAAACCAAGGUUCCUGUCGAGACCGCAAUGUGGACGAAGAUGAGACCCAUCAUGCAUGGUAUCGCCGAUGUAUCCGAUACUUGGGAGCGCUUCGUAAACGCUCUGUCGCCCACACCACCGUUCCCUAGAGACGUCUACAGGCUGAGACUUGCCAUCUUAGUAGUCCCGCUCCUCCUUAUCUCCCUUUUCAUAUCGUCAUACAUGUUUACCAAGGGCAUGACUUUCGGAGUGGGGUUCGGUUUCUUUGGAGAUCCUAUUAUCAGUCGCGGAUUGAAAUGGCUCAACCGUAAAUUUCCACAUUGGCAGAAACUUAUGGAACUCCGUAACACGAUCCUCAAAGGCGUACCUACUAAUGCACAGUUGACUCUUACCCUACUUCGCAUAGGGGAAGCGAACAAAGCCCCUCUACCUCCCCCGCCUUCCGCUAGUGAACCGCCCCCUGAGAGACCCAUCGAAAUCACCGAUGUCGAAUUAACAGCGACCGGCGCCGAACCUCCACUCAACGCUACCGAUGAGGAACUCCGCGAUGCCAUAGAACAUGAUCCGCAAGUCGCACGUGAGACUGGAGGGCCGGAUAUCGAUGCAGCUAAGAGUUCGAAGCAUGGAAAACACGGAAACAGGAUUAUUAGCUUCUUUAAAGGGACGACUAAAGGCGCCGUGAAGACGGCUAUCGGCACUGAUCACGCUCGAGCAAAAGUCGGCUCUCAUCACGCCAAGAAUCGACUAGGUGCCGUACCUCGACCAAACACCAACUAUCUCACCGGGCCACUCGACUUCAAAGGUCGGUAUAAGGGUCAAAAAGGCCAUAUCUAUAUCACGACCAAGUCAACGAUACCUGCCAUGUCCUUUAGCACGAAUCAAACAAUAGAGAAGAUCGGAUCUGAAGAGCGAGAAGACUUGCACCCUCUGUGGACUGUAGCCAUCGGUGAUAUAGCCGAGAUUAAAAAGGUUGGCGGCUAUGGGUGGAAAGCUAAGAUCAUCGUAGGUUGGUCUAUGGGCAGGGAGGUAGCUGAUGGUCUAGAAAUCACGGAUAGAAUAGGUAACGUUUGGCGCGUGACGGCGAUCCCGAUGAGAGAUGAGCUCUUCAAUCGCCUUGUGGCUAUCGGAGGACAGAAAUGGGAGGCUUGGUAAGGUAACGCGACAAGUAGAGAUGUCUUGGAUAUGUGCGUAUGGAU